UUCAUGAAUACUCCACCCCAAUACGAUUCUGCUUCCACUUAUUCCAGCUCUAUCUCGUCGUUGUCGAUGCCUCUCACACCAGAAUCGUUACCGGAAUUGAACACUAAAUUCGUCCCGGCUCUCAACCCUCCACUCUCCGGCCCAUAUUUCGACAUGAUGGACGAACAUCACUCGGAAGACCACUUCGCGCACCACCACCACGCCAAGUUUGUUGUCGGACCCCCGGAUCUCGAUGCCGACGGCAGAGAAUGCCACACCGUUCCCGAAGAGGACGAAGACAACGAGACGGCUAGCGAGUUGCAGGAACCCGUAACCCCCACUAGCGAAACUCACGACGGUGUGUACAUCAGCUCCAGUUCCGACGAAGGCUUCCGUGCAACCGCCCCCAUCAUCAUCGCUACCCCCGCCACUCCGAAACAGCACUCCCACUCCGCCCUAGAACCGGGUGCGUCUUCGUCCGCAACCUCCACCGCCCCCUCCGUCGGACGCGCUAGCUUGCGAAGACAUGCGUCGGAGCGCAUCCAGACCAUGAUUCGUCGGGUAAAUUCGUCCACUGCUAAAGCCGGCGGCGAGGGUCUCGGCCUCGUCAUCGAGCCUCCAUCCAGCUCUCCUCCAAAACGCGGCUUCUUCUCGAGAAAGAACACUUCCUCUUCUUCCACGCGUGGUAUCUCGCCGCCAUCUCCUGGCUCGCUUCCAUCGCCGACCAACUCCCUCGAGCCCCAGCCUUCUGCAGCCACCACCAUCACCGCCCAGCGCCCCUCGAGCCUCGAAGACAAGUCGAAGCCGCACUUCUUCUCGCGUAAGAGCCGCUCCAGCAGUGUCAGCGGGAUCAAGGAUCUCACCGGCACCGCCAUCACCCACCCCGCCAUGACCGGAGCCGGAUCCAAGUCGCGUCGCAUGAGCACACAGGUCCCCGAGAUGAGCGCGCCCGUCACUGCUCUCGCUUCGAAAUACGCCAGCCACAGCCAUAUUCCCGGCAAGUCGAAGCGGUGCGGUGAGGGUGUUUCCGCCGUCGUCAAGGUCAUGCACAGCCUCAACGGACAGCGCAACGAGCUCUUCGCUGUCAAGGAAUUCCGGAAACGAGCCAAGGCCGAGAGCGAGGAUGAGUACCUUGAGAAGGUCAAUUCCGAGUUUUGCAUCUCCAAGAGUCUCGACCACCCCAACAUCGUCAUCACCGAGGAUCUCUGCAUCAGCAGUUCGAAGCGGUGGUGUCACGUCAUGGAGUACUGUGCCGGUGGCGACCUCUUUGGCCUAAUCCAGAAGGACUUUAUGGGAGAAGCCGAGAAGCAUUGUUGCUUCAAGCAGCUCCUCCGUGGUAUCCGACUCAGCAAUCCUGGCAUCGUGGGAAGUGCGCCGUACAUCUCACCCGAGGUUCAAGGCAAGACUGGUCCCUACGACGCUAGGAAGCUCGAUGUUUGGUCCUGUGCCAUGAUCUACCUGGUCAUCAUCUUCUCCGGACCGCUCUGGUAUUCGACUGAGCUCACCGACAACAACACUCACUUCAAGCGUUACGUCGAGGUUUUCAGGGAGUGGGAGGAGCGGAACCCCUCGGGCGAGAUGACCAAGGAUGGAUCCUACCCUCGUCACCCAGUCUUCGCGAGCCUGAAGCCGGCCGCCAUGAAGCUAAUCUACCGCAUGCUUCACCUGGACCCGUCGAAGCGGAUCACCAUCCAGGAGGCACUUUCCGACAGAUGGGUUCAAUCCCUCGAGGUCUGCAACGUCGAAAUCGGCAGAGGCUGCUCCCACAAAGAGGUGGACGCCAGUUGCAAGGCUUCUUCCAAGCAGGUUGCCAAGGCGGGUGUACACCGUCUCCACCACCACCUCCCCCCGAACGUCGGAAAGAUUUACGGCCGGGAGUACGACUGAUUGGACGGGCUCGACCCUCUUCUUUCGAUGAAAAUAAUUGUUUGAUUCUGCGUUCACAAUUUCGUUACUGUACAGUGUUUUUGCUUUGUUCUAUGGGUCCGGGGUGUCUAUUUCACUGGCGCAGGUUGUGUUGUACUUUUGUUGCUGUCUAUAUUGCACUGAUUUUCUCUGCAUAUUUGUGGAUGGUAGGAGGGAUCGUCCAUCCGCUUAGGGUAUCCGUUUUUUUCCUUUUUCUUUCUUUACUGGCAAAUUUCGUAGGCCAAGAGGUUUCCUUUUUUUUUUCCUUUCUCUUUCGUGCGGUUCCAGGUGUUUGAAGGGAUUGUUUUUUUUUUGGGUUAUCAAGCUAGGGGGGG